AUGACUCCAGAGUCCUUGUUUAAUGGUUAUGAAUCUGUUGAUUCAGUGCUUUUCAACAUGCACAAACCAUUCUUUUCUACCUUCGAAAAUUUAUUUACGAGUCCUCGAACUGUAUCAGUCCUUCAAAAACCUCUAUCACUCUUCUUUUACUCCUCGUUACCUCACCGUCAUCAACAACACAAACGAGAACAAGAACCUUCCAAUUCUCUUCCAACUGCCAACACCAAAUCCCCAAUUGGGUCAUCAUCUCGAGUCCAAAAACUCAUAGCUUCCCAGUCAGAUCCUCUCUUAGCGAAAGAAAUCUUCGACUAUGCCUCUCGCCAACCCAAUUUCCAACACUCUUACUCAUCCUAUCUCAUUCUCAUUCUCAAACUCGGUCGUGCCAAAUACUUCUCUUUCAUUGAUGAACUUCUCAUCGACCUCAAAUCCAAACGUUACCCAGUAACCCCAACUCUUUUCUCUUACAUCAUCAAAAUCUACGGAGAAGCAAAUCUACCCGAUAAAGCUCUCAAAAUAUUCUACACUAUACUCAAGUUUGAUUGCGAGCCUUUGCCCAAACAUUUAAAUGGCAUUCUUGAAAUUCUUGUUUCUCACCGGAACUAUGUUAGACCCGCUUUCGAUCUUUUCAAGGAUGCACAAAGAUAUGGUGUUUUUCCCAAUACUAAAUCUUACAACAUUUUGAUGCGUGCUUUUUGCUUAAAUGGCCAGCUCAGUAUUGCAUACUCAUUGUUCAAUCAAAUGUUUAAGAGGGAUGUUAUGCCGGAUGUUGAGUCUUAUAGGAUUUUGAUGCAGGCUUUGUGUAGGAAAAGUCAAGUAAAUGGAGCAGUUGAUUUGUUGGAGGAUAUGUUGAAUAAAGGGUUUGUGCCAGAUGCGUUGAGUUAUACUACUGUAUUGAAUAGUUUGUGUAGGAAGAAGAAGCUUAGAGAGGCUUAUAAGCUUCUUUGUAGGAUGAAGGUUAAAGGAUGCAAUCCUGAUAUUAUUCAUUUUAAUACGGUUAUAUUGGGGUUUUGUAGAGAGGGGCGUGCGAUGGAUGCUUGUAAGGUUCUUGAGGAUAUGGAGUCUAAUGGGUGCUUGCCAAAUUUGGUGUCUUAUAGGACUUUGGUUGGUGGGUUAUGUGAUCAAGGGAUGCUCGAUGAGGCAAAGAGUUACCUGGAGAAAAUGAUAUCGAAGGGUUUUUCACCUCAUUUUUCUGUUUCGAAUGCUUUGAUAAAGGGUUUUUGCAAUGUUGGUAAGAUUGAGGAAGCUUGUGGUGUCGUGGAGGAAUUGCUAAGGCAUGGAGAAGCUCCACGUACAGAGACUUGGGUGAUGAUGGUUUCUAGGAUUUGUGAAGUGGAUAAUUUGCAGAGAAUAGGGGAAACUUUGGAUAAAGUUAUGAAGGUAGAAUUAAAGGGUGACACUAGAAUAGUGGAGGCUGGUGUUGGUUUGGAGGAGUACUUGAUCAAAAGGAUACAACAUAGGGUAUGGAGAGAUUGA